AGAAAAAUAAGUCCAAACAAAAAAUGCGUCAUAGAAUGGGUAGAACUUCAUAUGCCGUCAUACGUGAGAAAUUGCGUAACGAGGACCCAGAGAAAAAACUUCCAAAUCGUAUCAAAAUGUUUGACUUCACCCAUAAAAGGCCUGGAUGUUCCAUGGAUGACGAGUCUGCGGAAAAGUUGGAAAAAAUGCAGCGUGAAUUAAGUUUGCAACCUAAAGAAAUGCAACAGGACAACGAUGUUAUUGAUGAAACCUUCACCAAAGUAAUGGGACGUGAUAGACGUGGAUAUGUACGCAUGUUUGGGCCUGGAGUAACCCCAAAACAAGUGUUUGGCUUAGAAGGACUACGCGCUCAGAGGCAAGGACAACAUAUCUCAGAAUUAAGGUUAGAGAAUAGCCAAUUGAAAGAACAGAUUUCUCAACAAGGUGUAGAGAUGAAUGAGAUGAAGUCUCAAAUAGCUAUGCUUAUGCAAUUCAUGACAUCAUUCCAAUCUUCUCAAGGAUAGGAUAUUGUUAAAUCUAAUGUGGCAAGGCAAGGCUAUGAAAGAAAGUGGAGCUAUCCAUUGGAGGAGUAUGCAAGACAAACCCAAUCGAUGAAAAAUGCAAAGUCUGAAGUUUGAUGUAUUGAUUGUAGGAAUUUUUUUA